AUGCAGGACAGGGCGCACGAGGCCGGGCAGCAAGCGGCGGGACUUCCGGUUAAUCGUGAAGCAAGGGCUCACCGGGUGGUGAGUGCCAUGCAGGGAGGGGAAGGUUGUAGGGUGGUGAGUGCAGGGAGGGGAGGUGGUAGGGUGGUGAGUGCAGGGGCUCACCGGGUGCUAUUAUUCUCCUCGCUUUCCCUCCACCCCGCUGCCCGCGUCCUCGGCAGCAUGGUGCCCUUCAAGAGCUCGGAUGUCUACAUUGCCAAGUUCGGCACGCUCUGUGUGCAGCCCAUCCCGUUCCUCCUGCACGCCGUCUCGCCGCCCGCACUGCAGCCUGACGGGCUCUGGUACUUCAGCUCCUCCGUCAAAGACAUUCCCAAGGUGCGUGUCAUGAAGCGUGGUUGA